UCAGUGUUCUCUCGAUCGAAUCCGGUAUUCCUUCACACUUCUCUUUUUCUGUUCGAUACUUUGCUUCUACUCUACAUCCUCGUUUCAUUUCAAACCAGUCCUUCAAGAUGAAGCUUCAGAACAUCACUCCUCUGUGCCUUGUGGGCUGCGCCCUGGCUCUACCCGCCAAUGUCAAUAAGAAGAGACAGGAUCUCUCCGACCUGCCUUUUCCUAUUACGACCGGACUUGUGCCCUCUGGGCUCAUUCCCACCGGGCUCCCACUCCCUUCCCAGGGAGCGGGCUCCGAGUUGCCUACCCUGACCGUCCCGUCGGGCUUGCCUUUCGAGAAGCGCCAGGACUCGAGGGAUCUUCUUCCCUCAAGCCUUCCCCUUCCCUCUGGCUUGACCGAUAUUCUGUCCCAACUGGGCAUCACCCUCCCUUCAGAUAUCCCUCUGAAGAAGCGCCAGGAACUAUCGAACCUUCUUCCCUCCGGAAUCCCGAUCCCAUCCGGAGUGUCCAGCAUUCUGUCUGAUCUGGGUAUCACCCUCCCUUCGGGCUUGCCCUUGAAGAUGCGUCAGGAACUCGAAUCAUUUCUUCCAUCCGGUACCCUUCCCUCUGGGCUUCCUAUUCCCACAGGGGUGACCGAUAUCCUGUCCGAGCUCGGAAUCACUAUUCCCUCAAGCCUGCCCGUCAAGAAGCGCCAAGACCUGUCGAGUAUCCUUCCUUCGGGUAUCGCACUCCCAUCUGGAGUCACUGACAUCUUGUCUGAACUGGGUAUUACUCUGCCUUCAAGCCUGCCUCUGAAGAAGCGCCAGGACUUGGAGUCGCUGAUACCCACGGGCAUUCUCCCCUCUAAUCUCCCCAUCCCUACUGCAGUUUCGGGCAUCCUUGCCGAUCUGGGUAUCUCUAAGCGUGAUUGCAAGGAACCUGAGGCCUCCCUCAACACCACCCUACCCAGCAGCAGCCUCCCCAAGGCCACCGGCGGCCCCCAGCAGCCUUCCAGCAGUGGUGUCGUCGAGCCCCUCGUCGACUCUUCCAAGUCUGCUCUGAACACGACCGAGCUCGUUCCUAAGUCUUCUGGUGCCGCUCCUCAGCCCACCAACACUCUUUUCGUUCCUUACCCAGGCUCCUCCGAGGACCCGGCAGCCUCUUCAAGCUCUUCUGCUUCGGCCGUCCCCAAUGCCUUCCCCUUCCGGGCUUGAAUGCUAAACUCACCGUCUACGAAUUGCGGUGCCCGCAACGGUUUUUGAUUGACUACGACGGCUGCAGUCCAAGAGUGAUUUCUCAUGUGCCGUCUGCAUGAAUCGAGGUGUAUGAAUGAGAGGCAGUACCCGGUUGGCUGGCGUUUUCGACAGAACUUUAGAUAGAGGAUGGAAUGGUAUCUGUGUAUUGGAACAGGUUAGAUAGAUUAACUUCAAUGGAGUUGUGACGCGUUCUCUAGAGACCGGUCUCUUAUAUUGCUACUCGCCUGCUAAGAGGCACAUCUACCUGGAUUUAAUAGCGGAGGCCA